UUGUGUUAUUUAAUUCAUUCUUUUAUUCAACUACACAUAUGAUUAAUCCGGUAAUUUAUUUCUCUCUAAAUAAAGAUAUGAGGGCACAAUUAAUUCGGACAAUUUCUGAUUUUUUACAUUGGCUUUGUUGUGUGGCAGGAGAUGCAAGAUUACACGCAGCUGGGGCUUCUUCCUUUUAUGGCAGGGUUAAAAGAGGAGAGGGAGAGUCUUCUUCUGGUGGAAGUCCUCUCAGAAAAUCAUCAGUUAACGAAUUGAAUAGUUCUGCACAACCCGGAGACGGUUGGACACUCAGAUAUUUGGUGGCCAGUUAUUGUUCACGUCGUCGUACGUCAAUAGUCCCCCGUGAUUGUUGGAAUCGUUUAAGUGCUUUUAUUUAUCGACAACGACAACCUUUACAAGAACAACAACAAGAAAAAACAAAAAAUAAUAAUUCUAAUAAUACAAUUACUACUGCUACUACAGUUAUUUUAAAUAAAGAUGGAAAUUUAAAAACAUCUGUUGUUGCAUUGACACCAAAAAUGGCAGAAGAAAUUGGUUUGAAAAAUACAAAACAGAAUAAUUUUGAGGAGAAUAGUGAUACAAUAAUUAGUAGUAGUGGAGGUGGAGGAGAUAAUUUAAAUAAUAAUCGUUUAACACCUUUUAAAGUACAUUUUGUGCCAAAUUAUUUUUAUUGA